GAAAUGAUUAUGAAAGAAUCAAAACCGGUGAUUACAACAGUUUUGUUGGUUCCUUAGAGAGUUUAAAAGAUUUAACUAAAUUAAAAAAAUUGUAUAUUAGUAAUACUGACAUUGCAGGUGAUUUGCGAUAUCUGCCAGAAGAAGUCUACUGUUCGAGCGAGGGAAGACCAGAAAGCAAAGUAAAAUCCGUCGAAGAAGCAUUAAAAAAUUUCGAAUCAUUCACUUUUAAUGAAGGAAAGUAUACGAGAAAAAAACAGGCAUAUUUUUUUAGAGAAGAUAAUUUUAAAAAUUUUCUAAGAAGAAAUGCUACCAAAACCUGGUUUAGUAGAAACACUGCUAAUGCCAGAUACAAAAGCAGGGCAGGAGUUUGCGAACUCCAUGAUUAUAUAGAUAAAUACACUGUGGAAGUUAAAGGAGUAUUAAUUGACCCUGGAGUAAAGAUUGAUGAAAUGAUAAAUCAAGCCCAGCAAAUGGAUAUGAUGGUUCACAUGAAUGCUAUGGUGUGUAAUAGCAUAGCCAAUAUUGGAAAUGCUUUUAGUGGUGGCAUAUCCGUGAGUCCCGCUAUUACUGCUCCUUCGCCAAAAGAAGUUCCGAAGUUUGCUAGUCCAGAAGUGCAAGUUAGUGAGCCAGUGGACAAUUUAAUAAGUGAUUUCUCACAACAAUUAACCAUUACUCCUACUGACUAUGAAGAAAAGAAUGAGGAGGGAAUUGAGAGAAUGGAACAGGAAAUAACAAAACUGGAGGAAGAAAUUAGCAAAUUGAAAUUGGAGCAAAAACAGAAACAGCAGCAAACUCAAAUUGAAAUUCCUCCUAAAUAA